AUGGCAAGUACGCAAACUUCAAGAAUCAUCCCCUGUCGCCACACACCAUUUCCCCCGGCUUCUGCGGAGAGCCCUGCAAAUGGCAAGGGUUGGGCUGUGCUGAGGCAAUGGUCAAGACAUGCAACUCCAGAUACAGAAGAAAAUAUUUUGGCCAGAAUAACCUUCAAUAUUAUCUUUGUUGCGGCGGAGGUUGCUCCAUAUUCCAAGACAGGGGGUUUAGGAGAUGUUUGUGGUUCUUUGCCUAUAGCUUUAGCUGCCCGUGGGCACCGCGUAAUGGUUGUCUCUCCUAGAUACUUGGACGGAGGCCCUUCAGAUAAAAGAUUUGCUAAUGCAGUUGAAGUUGGUUGCCCAACCAAAAUUUAUUGCUUUGGUGGUGUACAAGAAGUUUCUUUUUACCAUGAAUACAGGGGAGGGGUUGACUGGGUAUUUGUGGACCAUCCCUCAUAUCACAGACCUGGAACGCCAUAUGGUGAUGUAUUUGGUUCUUUUGGUGAUAAUCAGUUUCGUUUCACUUUGCUUUGUCACGCAGCAUGUGAAGCUCCAUUAGUGCUUCCAUUAGGAGGGUUCACUUACGGAGAGAAAUGCCUGUUCCUUGCUAAUGAUUGGCAUGCUGGCCUGGUUCCCGUGCUUCUCGCAGCCAAGUAUCGUCCUUAUGGUGUCUAUAAGGAUGCUCGGAGUAUAAUCGUGAUUCAUAACCUUGCACAUCAGGGAGUGGAGCCCGCAAUAACUUACAACAAUCUGGGAUUAACUCCAGAUUGGUAUGGGGCAGUGGGAUGGGUUUUUCCAACUUGGGCAAGGACACAUGCUUUAGACACAGGCGAAGCUGUGAAUGUCUUGAAAGGUGCAAUUGUAACUGCAGACAGAAUACUGACAGUCAGCCAGGGUUAUUCUCGGGAAAUUACUACUCCUGAAGGUGGAUAUGGGCUACAUGAGCUUCUGAGUAGCAGAAAGACGGUUCUCAAUGGAAUAACAAAUGGCAUUGAUGUCAAUGAUUGGGAUCCCUCUUCUGAUCCUCAUAUUUCUUCCCAUUACUCCUUGAUUGACCUUUCUGGAAAGGUUCUGUGCAAGAUUGCAUUGCAGAAGGAAUUAGGUCUUCCAGUUCGAUCUGAUUGUCCUCUGAUAGGGUUUAUAGGUAGAUUGGACUUCCAGAAAGGUAUCGACAUGUUACUGUCUGCCACCCCAGAACUUUUGCAAGAUGAUGUCCAGCUUGUAAUGCUUGGAUCUGGGGAGAGACAAUAUGAAGAUUGGAUGCCACUGGAGUCACUAUAUCCAGACAAAUAUAGGGGUUGGGUUGGAUUUAAUGUUCCUAUUUCACAUAGAAUAACUGCAGGUUGUGACAUACUAACAAUGCCUUCAAGAUUUGAACCAUGUGGUUUGAACCAGUUGUAUGCAAUGAGAUAUGGCACCGUGCCUGUUGUUCACAGAACUGGGGGUCUUAGGGACACAGUAGAGAACUUCAAUCCAUAUGCUCAAGAAGGAACAGGAGAGGGAACUGGGUGGACUUUUUCUCCUCUAUCAAGAGAAAAUCUGAUUGCUGCACUAAGAAUAGCUGUUGGGACUUACAGAGACCACAAGUCAUCUUGGGAGGGUUUGAUGAAGAGAGGAAUGCAGAGGGACUACUCUUGGAACAACGCAGCAGUUCAAUAUGAACAGGUCUUUGACUGGGCCUUCCUGGAUCCUCCUUAUGUCAAGUGAGUGAGUUAAGGAGAGAGGAAGGCAAUCAGCAUCUAUAGGCAAAAGAAAUUUCCUGAUUUUGGAAUACACCCAAAAUUUGUUACCACGAAUUACUGCAUUUUUGCUAGAGCGUUGUAGAAUUAUUAUACUGUCGUGACCUCGGGAACAAAUCAUAGAGUUCUUUUUAACUUGCACUGCAUCAAUUAACAAAAUUAAGUCAGGAGAGUUUUCCCUCUGCGA